AUGAAGACUAUAAUUUUGCUGUUCUUGGUAGUACUGGUGGUAUAUACAAAAAAUGCAAUUAUUCAAAUUGGUCAUCUUUUACCAAGUCGUCCAGAUAUAUCACAUGAGAAAGAUGCUUUAACAAUGAGUGCCAGAGAUUUAGAUCGGAGAGGUCUUCUUCCUCCAAACGUCAAGCUUCAGGUUGAUACUAUGCAGUCAUGCAAAGAUUUUGUUGGUGUUGAAAAUGCUGCGUACCUACAUUACAAGAAAAAUGCUACCGUUUAUUUUGGGCCAGGAUGUAACGAUGAAAUUUUGGUAAUUGGAAAAUUAGCAGCUCGUUGGAAUGUACCAAUUAUUGCCCACAUGUCUGGCGAAGAUGCUUUAGCUGAUCGAAGUAUUUAUAAAACAAUGAGUUCCGUAGCUUUGACGUCGGCGACAGAGAUGGCCAGAGCAAUCCUGACAUUGCUGGACCUUUACAACUGGAAACAAAUUGGUAUCGUUAAAUCCACAAAAGGCUUUGAACAGUCUAGUCUUUAUGCACUGAAAAACUGGCUCUCACAAGUAAAGAGAAUUAAAAUCGCGAUUGAGGAAGAAGUUAAUCCUUAUGAUUCGGUAGAUGCAAUCAUGAGUUCCGGAGUGCUUACAAGACUGGCAAAAAAUGCUCGAAUAAUUCUCUGUGAAAUGGGCUUGGAUGUUCACGCAGCGAUCAAUUUCAUGAUUGCUGCUGCACGAGCAGAUAUGAAAAAUGAGGAAUACGUCUAUAUUUUACCGUGGCUUUCUCAUCAAACCGACUAUUUUCCUUGGGAGGCAAAUAACGUCGAUAAAAAUGAAGUUAAAAAAGCUUUUAGUGGGAUUGUCUUGAUAACUGCACACGGCUAUGACAAAAGAUUUGUGGCAGAAUUUCAACGACGAUUUACUCAAGAAACAGGUUUUGCUACCUCUCAUUACUCAGCACUUGUUUAUAUGUCACUGUACGACGCCUUGUAUCUUUAUGGCUUAGCAUUGCAUGAUGUCUAUGAGGAAACAAAAGCCGAAGAUGCCUAUAAAGAUGGUGAAAAAAUCUGGAAAAAAAUGGCCGAUCGACAGUAUGAAGGUAUGACUGGUCAAGUAGUUAUUAACAGCAAGGCGUUACGAGUACCUAGCUAUGCAACCUACUAUGUUACCAACGGUUCAAUGAGAAUCGUUGUGGAAUUGAAUGCCGAACUUGGUGCUAACUGCGCUGGAAAAGAACUGGGUUGUACCAGCGAAUAUGUUGCCAGAGAAAUCGAAGAAAAUUACUGGCAUGCAGAAGGGGGCAAAUUACCUCUGGACGAGCCGGAGUGUGGUUUUGAUGGUAGUCGUUGUGAUUACACAUCAUACUUUAUAGCUGGUUCAGCAUUAUUGCUGCUACUUGUUACUGUACCAAUUGCACACUUAGUCAGAAUAAAGAUCAACGAAAGAAGACUUUAUGAUAUGACUUGGCGAAUUCCGCGUGAUGAAGUUCGUCUGAUUACUCCUGGAUCGAAAUCUGGAUCUCUGUAUCCACAUGGUGGUAGCUCAUUUGUUGGCAGCGAAACAUCACAUGUGCAGACCACAAUUUUUGGCGUACAACAGGCAGUGUGUAAUGGUGUCAGGCUGGCAGCUCGUAUAUUUGUACAGAAUCGUAACAUUGCAUUUGUGAAAAGUGAAUUGAAACUCUUGAAAGAAAUGAAAUUUCUUGAAAAUGAUAACCUGAACAAAUUUUUUGGUAUUUCUUUCAAUCAGCAGAACGAAUUCAUUGUCUUAUGGGUAUUCUGUCAACGUGGAAGUUUAGAAGAUAUUCUCUUCAACGAUGAGCUAAAACUUGGACACAACUUUCAAGUUUCAUUUGCUAAAGAUGUUGUUAAGGGUCUCUCCUAUCUACAUGCAUCACCAGUGGAAGCACAUGGAUAUCUCUGCUUACAAAACUGUUUAGUGGAUUCUAACUGGUCUAUAAGGCUUUCUGACUACUGCACAAAGGCCUGCCUUUACUUCAAUGAAAAGUUACGACAUAAUGAAAUUCGUCGUAAGGAUGAUGAAAAUGCAACAAAAGAUAAGGAGGAAUGUAACGGUGUCAAUAAAACAGAAGCAAAGAAGGAACCUGAUGUAAAAGCUGCUGAACAGAACAACAAAACUCAUCUGAAAGAACAGAUUCAAAUGGCUCCUGAGGUUAUUCGUGAAAUAUUGACCACUAAAUUUCUUCCACCAGCAACCCAAGCAGCUGACAUUUACAGUUUGGGAAUGGUGCUUUAUCAGAUACUGUAUCGUGUUGAACCAUUCCACGAAAGAAACCUUUCUAAAGAAAAAAUUUUGGAAAAAAUAUCACUGGCUAAUGAUGAUGAGGCUAUGCUUAGACCAACUUUCCCAGCGGAAGGUGACUAUAACAUGCAACUUAUUUCUGGAAUUGAAGCCUGCUGGCUGGAGGUACCAGAAAUGAGACCAAAUAUUAAAAAGAUCAAGACUAUUGUUCAUGGAAACCUUAGAACAACAGGUGCAAGUGGCAGUUUAAUGGAUCAAAUGAUGAAAAUGAUGGAAGAGUACACACAAAAUUUGGAGACACAAGUACGAGAACGGACACAGCUGCUUGAAGAGGCACAAUUGCAGACUGAUCGACUGUUGCACAACAUGCUGCCAAAGUCUGUAGUUGAAGAUUUAAAAUUGGGAAAGCCAAUACACCCACAGCUUUAUACCUGUGCUACAGUACUGUUCUCUGAUAUCAAGGAUUUUACUAAAAUAUCUGAUUCGUCCACACCGUUUCAAAUUGUUACAUUCCUUAACGAAUUGUUUACCGGAUUUGAUGCGAUCAUCGAAAAACAUGACGCUUAUAAGGUCGAAACAAUUGGUGAUGCUUACAUGAUCGCUUCUGGAGUCCCACAAGAAAACGGAAAUGCACAUAUUGAACAAAUUGCUGAAAUUUCACUGAAGAUGAGAAAGUUUGUCAGUGGAUUUAAACUGGAGCAUCGUCCUGAACAACCAAUGGCGGUGAGAAUCGGAUUUCAUACUGGUUCAGUUGCAGCAGGAGUUAUCGGUUUGGCUGCACCACGUUACUGUUUGUUCGGAGAUACUGUUAACACUGCAUCACGGAUGGAAAGUACUGGAGUACCAAAUAAAAUUCAUAUUAGUGAAAACAGUAGUAGUUUAUUGAAAUGCUUCUAUCCACAAUUUAUUCUCGUUGAAAGGGGUACAAUUCCAGUUAAAGUUAGUUGGCUUUUUUAUCUUCUACGUCUGUAA